GUCCUUCCCCAACCGCAGAUCGCAAAUCGAUCCUGAAAAGCGAUUCGUUUCAGCGAAUACACAUCUCUAUCAAUCUCAAAUAAUUUUACUUGAUUUGCUGCUGAUCUUGUAUCCAAUUUGGCAGAUCCAGCCAUGGAUCUCAUGAAGGUCUUCGAUCAAACUGUUCGCGACAUAAAGAGGGAGGUGAAUUUGAAGGUUUUGAAGGUUCCGGAGAUCGAGCAGAAGGUUUUGGAUGCGACAGAUGAUGAACCUUGGGGUCCUCAUGGCACAGCAUUGGCAGAGAUAGCACAGGCAACAAAGAAAUUCUCUGAAUGCCAGAUGGUUAUGAAUGUUAUCUGGACUAGAAUAACUGAGACAGGCAAGAAUUGGCGAUUCGUCUACAAGGCCCUUGCUGUUAUAGAAUAUCUGGUGGCACAUGGUUCUGAACGCGCAGUUGAUGACAUAAUAGAACAUACAUUUCAGAUUUCUGCUCUUGCGAGUUUUGAGUAUGUUGAGCCAAGUGGAAAAGAUCAAGGAAUUAAUGUAAGGAAAAAGGCAGAGACCAUAGUGAAUCUUCUCAACAACAAGGACAAAAUACAAGAAGUCAGGAAUAAAGCUUCUGCAAAUCGUGAAAAAUAUUUUGGGCUUUCAUCAUCUGGAGUAACAUACAAGUCUGGUGCAGCCUCAUUCAGUAGCAGUAACUUUAGGAGUAAUGAUCGUUAUGGAGGAUUUGGUAGUACAGGUGACAGUGAGACAUUUAAAGAUAGUUAUAGGGACAAGGAUCACUACGGUGAUGAUAAAUUUGAGAAGACUACCAGAACAAAGAAAGAAACUUCUCGCUAUGGCAGCAAUAAACAGGAUUCUCAUGUAACCGAAGCAUCAGAAACAUCAAAAAAAUCCAGCAAGUCAGAUAAAUAUGAUUCAGUUCCUUCACAAAAUGCACCUUCUGGAAACGAUGAUGAUGAUGAUUUUGAUCCUCGGGGCACUGCAAAUUCUAAUAAUUCUGCUGGAAGCAACCAAGUGGAUCUUUUUGGGCAACAAAAUCUUGUUGAUCUAUUGGAUAUUCCAGCAUCUGUUCCAACCAAUAACUCCACUAAUUUGGAUAAUGAUUCAUCAGAAGAUUUAUUUGCCAAUGCGGAUUUUGUAUCGGCAACACCACAACCCAACGCUGGGACUAGUACUGUCCCUCAGACCAAUGUUGAUCUAUUUGCUUCCCAGCCGGCUCCUUCCAUUUCGUCCACAAUAGAUUUUUUCGCUGCACCUGGUCCAGUUCCCCAGCCUGACAAUAAGGCUUCAAAAUCUGAAGCAACUAGCAGUGCUUUUGAUCCAUUUGCUGCAGUUCCGUUGAAUAACUUUGAUGGGACUGACCCUUUUGGCCCGGUCUCUUCUCAGUCGAAUCCUUCAUUGACAGAAGCUUCUAGAAAUUCUUCUGAUGGUGGGAAUCCUGGGAACAUAAAUGGAUCUUCAGUUGAAAACAAACCUACAGUCAAGAAAGAUGGAUUUCAAGUCAAAUCUGGAAUAUGGGCGGACUCAUUGAGCCGGGGAUUGAUCGACCUAAACAUUAGUGCACCCAAGAAGGUAAACUUGGCAGAUGUUGGCAUUGUUGGUGGGUUGGGAGAUGGGUUUGAUGAGAAAGACAAGGGACCGAUGCCUACAUAUUCCAUGGGAAGAGCUAUGGGCAUGGGACAAGGAAUCGGUAAACCGGGAUUCGGUUCAGCAGCAACCGACGAUGAUUUCUUCUCUAGCCUAAGCAACCAGCAACACCAAUUCGGAAACUUCCAGAAGGGCACAUAGGAUUCCUACCAGGGCCUCCAUAGUAAAACUCAGGAUCUUCAACAUAGUCAUGCACGUACAUGACAUUGUAGCAAUUGUACUCAUCCGAGUAUGCAUUCACCCAUUCUGGCCUCACCAACUCCCCAUUGCCCCUCAGCUCUCUCAUCCUCUUCACACAUCCCGACGUUGCGAAAAUGAAGUCCGCAAACCGGCCACUCCCCAUAGCUGUCGCCGUAUGUGGGACCCCACCCGCCCCACCCACCCUCGAGCUAUAAACUUCCCCGCCCCAUUGCGCGACUUCAGCGUUGUGCUUCAACAUGUCCAUUAGUUCGGCCGGAAAAUACCCAAUGUUGGUUUUUUCGCCGUAUUGCACCCACCA